UUUUUCUUGUUGCUUACUGAGCACGAUUUAGAGCUAUCGCUGUCCACGCUUGCCCCACUGUUAGUGCUAAAUCGAAGCGCCGAUACGCCAGAGCGAAAGCUCAACCACACGCAGUUCAAUGUCACCCAGCUAUCGCUGUCCACGCUUGCCCCACUAUUAGUGCUAAAUCGAAGCGCCGAUACGCCAGAGCGAAAGCUCAACCACACGCAAUUCAAUGUCACUCGUGUUUCAUUACGUACAAAUCGGUGCGAAAGUAAUGAGGAUUGCAAGGGUGGCUCCUACUGCUUGGGAUAUCGGUGCAUCUGCCCAACUAAUAUGAUCAUGAAAAAUGGCUUAUGUCAUCGAAUGUUUCCGUUUCUGCGUGAAAGAGCUGGUCAUUUGGGUGGACGCUGCACAAUGAAUCAUACGUGCAUUGCACGAAAUACAGUGUGUCAGAACGGAGUGUGCGUUUGUCUUCCGGGUCAUCGAAUAUUCGGAAGUACGGAGUGUAUUCCCAAAUCAACAGCAUCACUUUAUAUAACCCGCACCCCCGCGCCAAACACCACGGGGAGCACUAACGAAAUUACGGAGCUGGCAACGAAUGAAGCAUUGUCGUCAGUAGCAGAAACCGAUGGCUUAGUGAUGAUGGGCACGAGCCUGGAUUCCGGCUUUCCGACGGCCAAUUCAGUGACUGAUACGGGCACCGAACGUAUCCCGCCUCAUCGGCGUGCCGAAAUCAUCGUGAACAUAUCGGGUGGUGUGUGCAACGAAACAACACUCUGUCUGUUCUUCUCAAUCUGCAACAACGGCGUUUGCAAGUGCCCGCUUGGAUCACGCAUCUCGGAGACUGAGUGCAAAUUCAUUGUCGAUGGUAAGUUGGAGAGCUCAUUCCAGAGACCUUACGGAUGA